GGGGCGACCGUUAUUAGAAAAAAACUUUUUCUUCAUUUUGGUCUUUCACCGAGAUUCGAACCUUCGAUCUCUCUGAAUUCCGAAUGGUAGUCAUGCACCAGCCCAUUCGGCUACGGCGGCAUUAUAAGGUGUUGGAAAAAUUUUCCAAGGCUAGUAAUCAGUUAGGGUUAAGCAGAUGCAUAAGUAUAUGUAAAUAAAGCUCUUUUGUUUAUUCAACAAAUACUUGCAUUGCCUAACGCCCGCUAGUCUGCAACCGUUAGGCUAGAUCUGCAAUUUAUUUCCACGCUUUUGCUUAUCAAUUUAGUACAAAUUAAAUGUGACACUUUUAUUUCAAUGCCGCCGAACUUUCACAGCUAAUUGCCUUAUCUUAGGCUACUUCAAACACUUGUCUUAAUUGGAUAAAAAAGCAUAAGCUAAUCUAGUGCCUAUUGCGUGCAUGAAACAGUAAAUGGCAGAUGAAGCUCCUACUAUGGCUGAUGAAAUUUGGUAGCAUCUAAAUUAUAUAAUCCAAUGGUAUAAUAAAAAAUAUUAUAAAGUAAGCGUUUAAAGUCGCUGUUCGUUAUGUGAGCGAAGUCAAACGAAAUGGAGGCGUCACUGUGUGAAGAACCGGGGGCCUUCAAAGCCAAAUCUCAAGGUAAUCUGCAGGCCAUCAAGCAGUUUGAGGAGCAAGAAUUGGUCGACAAACAAUUGAACAAUAAAGAAGGAUGGACUAAGCAACUCGCCUUCGUCGGCUAUGGAGCGACGAUAGGUGCGGCAGUGCCGGCUGGUUACUGUGUAGGUGUGAUGAACAGUCCUGCUGAGUUUAUGCGCAAUUGGUGUAAUCAGACGCUGAUCGAAAGAUAUGAUUGGCACUUGACUGAGACGGGCAUGAACAUUCUGUGGUCGACGAUUGUUUCAAUUUUCUUAGUAGGCGGCGCUAUAGGAUCUCUGACGGGAGCCAAAGUGGCCAAUCGAUUUGGAAGGCGAACCUCUUUUCUAUCAUGCGGUGUCCUCUUUGUCAUAGCAGCUGUGCUCUUUUUCACUUGUCGCAUGCUGCGCUCCGUGGAAGUGCUCAUCAUUGCACGAUUCCUAGUUGGCUUAGCAGGAGGUCUGGCCACUGCUUGCCUACCUAUGUACCUCGCCGAGGUAGCGCCAUUAUCCAUGGGAGGCGUAUUGGGCGUCUUCUGUCCAAUGGGUCUAACCGCUGGUGUUGUGAUAGCUCAAAUUUUCAGUUUACGCAGCGUUUUUGGUAACUCGGAACAAUGGCAUUUGGCAAUCAGCUUCUACCUUGUAUUCGUAUUGAUCUGCUAUGCACCCAUGUACUACUAUCCGGAGAGUCCGAAAUGGUUGUAUGUCAUUAAAGGUGAUGAGGAGGGCGCGCGGAGGCAACUAAAAAUAUUACGUGGAAAUAUUAGUGACACUGAUAUUGCUAGGGAAAUGGCCAUAAUGGAAGCCGAAUCGAAUGUGAAAGAUCAAGUCAGCGGAUAUGGUGCCGUGCUGAGUGAUCCAAAGCUACGGCUGCCAUUGAUUAUCGUUUGUGCCUUUCAGGGCGGCCAGCAAUUGUCGGGCAUUAACGCAAUUUUCUUCUAUUCGGUGUCAAUUUUCCUCAGAGCUGGUUUAUCUGCAUCGGCUGCUGAGUGGACCAAUUUAGGUGCCGGUUCUCUCAAUUUAGCUGUAUCUUUAGUGGGUCCAUAUCUAAUGGCCAGAUUUAAUCGUCGUUCACUUAUGCUCUUCUCAACAUUUUUUAGUGCUCUUGCUCUGGCAUCAUUUGCACUACUUCUUUACUUCAUCGACUAUGUCUCUUGGUUUGCUAUUGGUUGCGUUGUUUGCAUUUUCCUCUACAUAUUCUUUUUCCAGUUCGGAUUGGCUCCCAUUCCAUUUUUCAUCGGAUCCGAACUGUUUGAAGUAGCACCUCGAUCAGUGGCCAUGUCUCUGGGUAGCGUUUCUUCAUGGGUAUGCAAUUUCAUAGUCGGCAUGCUCUUUCCCACACUACAAGAUGCCUGGGGCUCCCUGGUAUUCAUACCUUUCGCUAUCGUUUGUGCGAUGCUUUUCAUCCUCACCAAACGAUAUCUCCCAGAAACAAAAGGUCGUAACCCGUCUCAAGUGGCGCCAUUGGUGGCGAAUGGUUUUAAAUCGAAUAUAUACGAAGUCAAAUAAUUUAAGUUUACUACUUAUUUGAAUAAGAAUAAACAAGUA